CUAAGCAAGAACAUAUAGCAACCCCCUUUUAUAUAUAUGUUGAAGUUUCCACCAACCAUGCCAACCGUACGCAGAGAAGAUUGGCACCAUAUGUCUUCUUUUUUUGUUCAGUUUCUCUCUAAAACCUACCUAGAGAGGAGUGGUGGUGCUGUUUAGAUCUAUUUGGGUACUUGGAACACUUUCAAGUUUUUACGCAGGUACGACGCAUUUGAGCAAGUUUAAAUAUUUGGAACCAUGUCUAGCCCAGGACCACAAUCUACACCUGCUUCCACAAAGCCUAAGCAUCCUUCACGUCAUCUGCUAGAAAAAAGCAACAGAGAAGUAUACUUGAAGUUAUGUGUGCCCCUGCACAAAGCUGCAAUAAGGGGUGAUUGGGAUACCGCUAAAGGAAUCUUAUCUAUCGAUCCUACACUUUCAAGUGCUGGCAUAACAAAAGGAUGGCUGACUGCUCUUCACAUUGCAGCAGGUGCAAGGCAUAUUCACUUUGUGGAGGAACUGGUCAAAAUGAUGGAUGAAGAAGACUUGGCACUUCAAGACAACAAAGAAAACACUGCAUUGAGUUUUGCCGCCGGAGCUGGAGCCAUAGAAAUUGCCAAGAUUAUGAUUCAGAAAAAUAAGUUAUUGCCAACAAUUAAAACUGGUGAAGGACUGACACCGCUCUUUAUGGCUGCUUUGCUAGGACGGUCUGAAAUGGCGUGGUACUUAUACCCUAAAACGUAUCCAAUGCUAAAGGAAACGGACCGCAAUGCUCUAUUUUUUUCUUGUAUCGAUACUGGUCUUUAUGAUUUAGCCAUGAAGAUGCUAGAAGAUGAUACAACACUAGCAACUGCCCAUAAUUCCAAUGCAGAAACUGCCUUACAUGUCUUGGCUCGAAGGCCUUUAGAAUUUGGUGGCCGAAGUACUUUAGGAAUGUGCAGUAGGCUCAGGAAAUCAUUAGUCUCAGGCAUUGAGGAUUCGUACAAAAGCUCGAAGCAAACUAAAGCCCUAGAACUAGUCGAAUGCCUUUGGAAUCAAAUCUUGAAACACGACGAUGACUAUGUCAUGCGCCUCAUCGCAGAACCUUCGGAAGUACUAUUUGACGCGACGAGAUUAGGAAAUUAUGAGUUCCUGUCUGUGCUUAUUAAUUCUUAUCCAGAUUUACUAUGGGAAACUGAUGACGAAAAUCGGACUAUGUUCCAUGUUGCAGUCUUGUAUCGUCAUGCAAGUAUCUUCAAUUUAGUACAUGAGACGGGUUCAAUCAAAGACAUCAUAGUGACAUAUACUGAUGAUGAGAAUAACAACAUUUUACAUCUUGCUGCAAAACUAGCACCGCAAAAUCAACUCAAUCUUGUGUCAGGUGCAGCUCUACAAAUGCAGCGAGAGUUAGUAUGGUUUGAGGAAGUGAAAAAGAUUGUUCAACCUCUGUCCAUAGAUAUGAAAAACAAGGACGGCAAAACACCUCGAGAAUUAUUCACUAGUGAGCAUGAGGGGUUAUUGUGUAAGGGAGAAUCAUGGAUGAAGAACACUGCAAAUUCGUGCAUGCUUGUUGCUACCAUUAUCACCACUGUCGUGUUUUCAGCUGCAUUUAGCAUACCAGGUGGUAUAGCUGAUAAUACAGGAGCACCAAAAUUCCUAAAAGAUACAGCAUUUCUCAUCUUUGUCAUAUCAGAUGGAGUAGCACUCUUCUCCUCUUCAACUUCCACGCUGAUGUUCUUGUACAUCCUCACCUCGCGGUAUGCAGAAAAUGAUUUUCUCAAAUCCUUACCGUUGAAGUUAAUGGCAGGACUCGCAUCACUCUUCAUCUCCAUGACGUCGAUGAUGAUAGCCUUCAGCACAGCCUUCUAUUUAUCCUGUCACUACGGAUUGCGUUUCGUCUCGGAUUUUAUAUUUAUAUUUGCAUUUGUUCCAGUUGUCUUGUUCGUUUUCUUGCAAUAUCCACUCUUGUGCGAUAUGUUCUUAUCGACAUAUUAUUCAAGUCUUAUAUUUCAGCCAAGAAAACAUAUGAUCCAAUAGAAAGCCAAGUCCUCAAUGUUUAACCUUACCCCCAGAAUAAUGUGUAUAUCUAUGCGUUAUAAUUGAGGAAAAUUUUGUAAUAAAGUACUUUAGUAAUGGUGAUAUUGAUUCAA